AUGACGACUUCAGAUCCCACCGUCACCGGAGAGACCACCUAUGACGUUGUGAUUGUCGGCGGAGGCCCAGUCGGUCUGCUUCUAGCGUACCAGCUCAAAAAGUUCGGCAUUUCAGUGUGUGUGCUCGAACAGCACAAGAAGGAGACGCAGGAUGCAUAUGGGCGAGCUAUCGCCCUGUUUCCGCGUACUUUGGAGCAGCUAGAUCAGCUCGGGGCCGUUGAGCCGAUGCUACAGCUGGGGUUUGCUUGUAGGAAUAGCGUCACAUAUAAGAACGGGGAGAGAAUCAUCCCAGGCCGGGUCUGGACGUUCAUGGAGAACAUCAAAGAUACGACGUUCGACUUUACACUCGUCUUGCGACAGAUGUAUACGGAGGAAAUCCUCAGGGAGAAACUGAAAUCCGUUGGAGUGAGUUAUUACCAAGGAAUGGAGUGCGUUGGGUUCGAUUGCGAUCCAAAUAAGGCGCCCGAUGGAUUCCCAAUGACAUCUACAUAUCAAAAUGCUGUGACAGGGGAGACGUUUUAUCUGAAGAGAAAAAGCACAUCGCUAAGCCAUGACAGCAAAUACCUCAUCGGCGCAGACGGAGGGCGCAGUUUCGUCCGCCGACAUGCAGGGAUACCCUUUGAGGGUGACAUUUCCGAGGAUAGAUGGAUCCGAAUUGAUGGAAUCGUCGAGACGGACAUGCCUAUUACUCGCGCUUAUGGCGCAAUUGAAAGCGAAACACACGGUAACGUCCUCUGGGCACCUCUCGACCACGGCGCUAUAAGGAUCGGGUAUGCAUACAGCGCGGAGAUUGCAGCAAAGUAUCCGAACGGCGUGACGCAGGAAGUCGCAGUACAAGAAGCAAUCGAAGCCAUGAAACCUUUCAAAGUCUCGUUCAGAGAAGUCCACUGGUGGACUCUGUAUACAAUCGGGCAGCGCAUCGCGAAGACCUUCGCGACGGCCAAUAACCACGUUUUCCUCUGCGGGGACGCAGCACACACGCACAGUAGCGGUGCCGCGCAGGGCCUCAACACGGGGAUCCACGACGCCGUGAAUCUGGGCUGGAAGCUGGCGCUGCAUAUCCGGGGGCUCACAAAGCCAGAGGUGCUGGAGACGUACACGGCCGAGCGGCUGACGACUGUGCAGAGACUGAUUGACUACGACAAGGACAUUGCGACGCUCAUGUCUUCCAAGUGGCCGGCGUGGUAUACGGGCGACCCCAAUGCAGACCCGCAUCUUGUUCUGGGGCAGAUCUUCGACGAAGCUGCUGCGUUCAAUACGGGACUAGGAAUAUCGUACCCGGCAAAUGUGCUGAAUGAUCUCGGAUCGGUCUCUUAUACUAACAACAGCAGCCAGUGUGUUCUCGCGCCUGGAAGUCGACCCCCAGACGUCGACCUGAAGAUGCCCGCCACGAACCAGCUCGUCCGUCUACAGAAAAUAACACCCAACAACGCGCAAUUCUGGGUCAUCAUCUUCGCAGGAAAUAACAGCCCGAGUAUUCAGGAGACGUUGGGGGCAUUGCAGCGGUACCUGCGGGACACCGCGCCAGAGCUCAUAUCGCAUAAGAGCAUCAGAUGGUUGACGAUCACCACGGCCGUUGGGUGCUCGCCUUACGAAGCUCUGGGAAUGGAUCCCCUCGGUGAUGCGUACUUUGAUGCAGCCAAACCCCUGGCCCAUGGUAGGCUCGGUGUGGAUAUGGAGGAGGGGGCGGCGGUUAUUCUACGGCCGGAUGGGUUGGUUGGUGCUACGGCCUCUGCGUACGGCGAAGGACAUACGCAAUAUCCUUGGUUGGCGAUUCUCUGA